GUUGGGAGGACCGGUCUCCUUCUCCUACGCCGAUCGAGGCUUCUUAUAGCAGAUGUGGCACCGGCCCGAGAACUCUCCCUACCCUUACCCUACUCCCAAAAAAAGAGAGAGAGAGAAAAAAAAAAAAGGGUAAAAAGAAGAAGUUGUGAUCAUCGAUCGAAGAUCCUAUUCUAUCCCCGCGAGCGCGCACGCACGCACCGAGUCGUGUAUGCGGGCCCCCGCAUCGGCGUCGAUGCGGGGCGGCGCAUGGUGGCGGCUGUGCGGGUGCUGGGCGGGGGGAGGGGGAGGGGGAGGAGUCGGCGACGAGAAGCGGGAGGGGACGGAGUCGGCGCCGACUUCGUGGAAUCUGUUUAUCGAGCUCGGCACGCUCGAAGUCGCCACCGACAACUUCUCCGACGCCAACCUCCUCGGCCGCGGCGGAUUCGGCCCCGUCUACAAGGGUGUAUUGGAAAAUGGGGAAGCGAUAGCAGUGAAGAAGCUAUCGCUAGAGUCGCGACAGGGGGUGAAGGAGUUCAUCAAUGAGGUCAGGCUUCUGCUUAAAAUCCAACACCGUAAUUUGGUCUCGCUGCUCGGCUGUUGUGCCUCCUCCGGACAAAAGAUGCUCGUCUAUCCUUACUUCCCCAACCGCAGCCUCGACCACUUCCUCUUCGAUAAGAAGAAGAGUGUAUUGUUAGAUUGGUCAAAGCGUUUUGAGAUAAUAGUUGGAGUGGCAAAGGGUCUGCUUUACCUUCAUGAAGAAUCUCCAGUGAAGAUCAUCCAUAGAGACAUAAAGGCAAGUAAUAUCUUGCUUGAUGACCAAUUAAAUCCGAAGAUCUCUGACUUUGGCAUGGCAAGGCUUUUCCUUGAGGAUGAUACCCAUGUCAAUACAUUUAGGAUUUCCGGCACCUAUGGUUAUAUGGCUCCGGAAUAUGCCAUGAAUGGUUACUUGUCAGCAAAGACGGAUGUUUUCAGUUUCGGCAUGUUGGUGUUGGAGAUUGUGAGCGGGAGGAAGAAUAUUGACCGGCAUUUGGAUGAAGAGAAGAUUGACCUUUUGAACUACACAUGGAAAUUAUCAGAAGAGGGAAGAGCUUCCGAGAUCAUGGACCCGACUCUCUCGGAAUGUGACGCCGACGAAGUUUUGUUGUGCAUCCAAAUUGGCUUGCUAUGUUGUCAAGCCAUAGUCUCCGAUCGGCCUGAUAUGAACAGCGUCCAUCUGAUGCUCUGCAGUGGCUCUUUCACGUUGCCGAAGCCCGGUAGGCCCGCAAUCCACGGCCGGGUCGGACGAUGGAGCACCACCAGUUCCACCGCAAUGAGCUCUAACACCAACAACACGAAUAGCACUUUUGGUACCACCGACACAACGAAAGCCUCUAAUUUGUUUAGUGUAGCCGAAGAAUACUCCAGGAAUUCUAUAUCUGUUUCAUUUACAUCAGAAGGCCGGUAAAUUAAUACAUGUAUAUAUACAAAUGUACACUAAGAUUCUUCUCUCUUUCUUUCCUUUUUGUUUGUAAGUAAUUUUUCACUGUUGGAUUUGAGUAUUUAUGUACUAGUUGAGUUAAAAUUCGUUUGGUGAGAGUAUUUUUUCCCACCAACGUAGUGAUAGAUAUUAGUGUAAGAAAAAUUUCAAAAUAAUAUAGUAUUUAGUUUGUUCUUUGACUCUUA